AUGGAUAAAGACAGCAACGAGAUACCACUGCUCUCAGUGCAGGAGAUCCUCUCCCACAACACCCCGAAUGACUGCUGGGUGGUCAUCCAGGGCGAGGUCUGGGACUUGACAGCAUUCGCCAACGAGCACCCUGGCGGCCCUUCUGUUAUUCUCAAGUAUGCCGGCAGGGACGCAACAGAUGCAUUCCUUGGAAUCCACGCCCCGACAAUCAUCAGGGAAAACCUCUCCAGUGGGCACUUCAAGGGCAGGUUGGACACGUCGACGAUUACUCCAGGCUGGACGCAGAUUACACAAAAAGCGCAGCCUACUGGGCAGCCCCGGCAGCCCAAGCCGCCGCUCGCCUCGCUAAUCAACAGCUACGACUUUGAAAAGGCAGCAGCAGUGAGUGCCUCGGAGAAGGCGUAUACAUUCUAUUCCACGGCUGACACGGACUGCUGGACGCGCGACGCAAAUGAGUCCAUGCUCAAACGAAUCUGGUUCCGGCCAAGGGUGAUGAGGGACGUGGCCAGUGUCGAUACCUCGACCUCUAUGCUGGGGAUACAAAUGUCAAUCCCGCUGUUCAUAUGUCCCGCUGGAGUCGGGUCGCUUAUCAAUCCAGACGCGGAGAAGGCGCUCGCCAGGGCAGCAGAGUCAACGGGGAUCGUAGAGAUUAUCAGCACCAACUCCGCACAUCCUUUGGCGGACAUAGUCGAACAAGCGCCUGGAUAUCCCUUUCUGUUCCAGUUAUACCUGAACAAGCAGAGACAAAAGUCAAAGGAGCUCCUCCUUAAAGCAGAAUCACUUGGCUGCAGAGCCAUCUUCCUGACCGUCGACUCGGCAGGACGAGGCAAGCGCGAAUCAGACGAGCGGCUAAAGUCAGACGAGAUGCUCCGUGACCCAGUCACCGGAAAACUCAUGAAAGCAGGAGCUGGCUUGACCAGGAUUAUGGGCAGUUUCAUCGACCAGGGAAUGACCUGGAAGGAUCUGGCGUGGAUCCGCAGUGUUACUAAGCUGCCCAUCAUCCUCAAGGGCAUCACGUCCGCAGAAGAUGCCAAAAUUGCCAUGCAGUAUAAGGUCGACGGCAUCCUACUCAGUAACCAUGGUGGCCGGAACCUGGAUUACUCCCCUCCGACCAUUCUGCUACUGCUGGAGCUGCACAAGAACUGCCCCGAAAUAUUCGACAAGAUGGAAAUUUACGUGGAUGGAGGGUUCCGACGGGGCGCAGAUAUCAUCAAGGCGCUUUGUUUGGGGGCAAAGGCUGUGGGUAUGGGCCGGAGCUUCUUGUACGCGUUGAACUAUGGGACAGAAGGUGUUGAGCAUCUCAUACAGCUGCUCAAAGCCGAGAUGGAGGCGGUCAUGAAACUGAUUGGUAUCAAGGACCUCUCCGAGGUCUAUCCCGGCCUGGUCAAUACAGCGGAUGUUGACCAUCUGGUGCCGUCUGGCCCUAAUCACCCGUACAUCAAGUGGAGGAUGCGUAGCAAUCUGUAA